UCGAAUUGCGAAGUAGACAUUAGACAACAUAAAUUUAAUUUCCAUCUUCUAACUGCAUUACAGAAAUUAUUAAUUCAGUAAAAGUGUUAAAACUAGUUGUUGCUUGUAGAAAUAACAUUAAAUCAGAACUAAAUGAUUUAGAAAUAAAUAAUGGCAAAAACUAAAGUAACUGGAGCAACGAGUAGGUUGAAACAAGAUUAUUUAAGGCUGAAAAACGAUCCUGUACCAUAUGUGACUGCAGAACCAGUCCCUUCAAAUAUAUUAGAGUGGCAUUAUGUCGUAAAAGGGCCCGAGAAGAGCCCCUACGAAGGAGGAUAUUAUCACGGAAAAAUCAUGUUUCCAAGAGAGUUUCCUUUCAAGCCUCCGUCAAUUUAUAUGAUAACACCAAAUGGACGAUUUAAAACUAAUACUAAGCUUUGUUUGAGCAUUACAGAUUUCCAUCCAGACACAUGGAAUCCAGCUUGGUCAAUUUCAACAAUUCUGACAGGCCUGCUAAGUUUCAUGUUGGAAAAAACACCAACUUUGGGUUCUAUUGAAACAUCUGAUUACCAGAAACGAUGUUUGGCUGCUGAAUCUUUAGAAAUUAAUCUUAAAAAUGAGAUGUUCUGUGAGUUGUUUCCAGCAUAUGUUGAUGAGAUUGAAGAGCUGCUUAAACAACGACAGCAAGCCUUGCUCCAAACAGAAAAUAAUAGCAACAACAGUGAGAGUGAAGUGACAAAUGACCAACAAUCUAAUAUGCACUAUUUAUUAACAAACUUAUUUGUGUUAGUGGGCUUUGUGUUUCUAGCAUUCAUGGUGAAACAUGUUUUGGUGUCUGUUUCGAAUGACUAAGGUGUAAUGAUUUAUUAGUGUAAAUAUUAAUUUAUUAUGUACAGCAUUUGUGCAAUGUGGGUUUGGGUACGGUAUUUUUCACUUAUAGCAAUGUACCUUAGAAAGUUCAGAAUUUUAGAUGUUUGUAAUUUGUACAGGUAAAUGUGUAUUAGAUUUAAAUGCACCUAGUAAUAUGGUUUAAAAUGUGAAGUACUAUAUCUGCACAGCUAACUAAUCAAAAAAGAUUUAUAUUGCCUGUUUAUGUAAUAAAUCUGUAAUGUAGACACCGAAUAUCUUGUUAAAGUUCAGUUACAGUUGAUUGUUUAUUUUUUUUAAUUACACAAAUUUAUGAUUUUUUAA